UUGGAACUUUUUUUUAUGUCUUUAUUUUUUAUUGUUUUUGUUUUGUGAUAUUUGUUACAUUGUGGAAUUAUCGUAUGCUUACCGUAUUUUUUUGAUAUAUAUUUUUUCAGGCCACUGGUUCAGAACCUCAGCCCAGUGCACCAUCUUCAUCAGGCGUUUGGGGUGCCGAGUACACUGAUUUAGUGGCUCGGUUGGAUAGGAUCGAGGCUGACACUCAGGGUCUGUAUGCUGCUCAUGUCGAGCUGAAGAAGGCAUACGAGACCAGCCAUGUAGAGCUGAAGGGUGGUCAGAACGUAAUUAUGGAGCAGCUCAGACACAUAUUGGCCAUGUUGAAUCGUCCGCCAACGACGGCUUCAGCACCGGAGGCCCCAGCAGAUCCAUCUACCCCACCACCAGCUGCUUCACCCCCAGUAGAAGAGGAUGAGGUCUUCCCCGACGAUUACGACCCUUAUGAGGGAGCUCCAGAGACUCCGAUCGAGGCACAACCUCUUAUCCAUGUACAUGACACCGAGUCGCAGGGUGAGAUUCUGUCCAUAGAGGCACAACCUGCAGUGGUUAAGAGUCGGAAGAGGAAGAGAAAGCCUCCUGUAUGGUUCGGUGACUAUACGGAGAUGAAGAGGAGACAUAGGCCAUCUUCGACUUUUGAUCCCCUGGAGCCACUGGAUGAGAAAUUGUUAACCACUUUCCGAAAGUGGUGUGUUGGACUCAUUCCGAACCACCGACUUCGGGAUUUGAGAAGUGGUGAUUACGGUCCAGGAUUCUUUUGGAUAAUGCUCACACCAAAGGAAUGGCUUACAGAUGACGUAAGUAAAGUAUUUUAUAAUAUUACUUCACUUUACAACUUUAUGUGCAAUUAAUAUAUUUUUUUGUCUAACUGACAUUUCCCUUUAUAUGCAACAUAUAGAUGCAGCAAUGCAUAUGCUGAGGAGGCGACACACCGACUAUCCACUGACAUUUUCUCAGAAGGGUAUCAUUCUCUCCACAUUCGUGACCGCCAUGAUGAGCAGUGCAUGGACGAGCCACAAGGGUCCGAGGAAAAACUUUAGAUGGGAGGAUUAUAUCCUGGACUACUGCAGAGGGGCUCAUAAGUCCCAAGUCUUUGAGAGAUGGAGGGGUAACGAGUUUAUUUACUUCGUUCUGAACCUUCCCGAGGCAAGGCACUGGGUCACAGUUGAAGUCGACAUAGAGCUGUGGAAAAUUAAUGUCUACGACUGUGAUUCCAGCGUCUGUCAUUGGACCGCCUUGGAACCCAUCCUGAAGGUUUGGGCAGAACUGCUGCCCUCGCUAAUCCUUGCAACCGGGGAAUUUCCACAUAACAACCAGAUCAUGGCGUUAGCUAACUGUGACAUCACGGUGCUUCCAAAAAUGCACGCGACUCGAGCCACUCACGACUUAGUUCCGAAGUCAGCAACCAGUGGUGAUUGUGGCGUCUAUUGCAUUGAGUAUGUGGAGCAUCUCAUGAUGCAGCGUGGAUUGACCGAUGGAAUCUACUUUUGA